AGGUGAGCGCUGCAUGAGUCGGCCCGCUUGCGACGACGCUUGUGUGGAUGCCACAAAGUCACCAUGGCACCACAACUACUGAGCGAAAAGUGACGGAUGUCGAUCGUUCGAAAGCAGUGGCGACGAGCCAAGCGGAAGCUUUCGGGAUCGGCGAGUUUGCCACCUGAGUGGCUUGAGCAGACCGUGACUCGAGCUCAAAUAGCCAGCGCUUGACGUCGCGACCUUGCCCUUCUGCUAUCUUACUUCGAAGUCUCGCGAGACUCUUCCUUCACUUCUGAUUCCGCGAUGAGGUCUGGUACCCACGCUUUAUCCAUCCUACCGCUCGCUUUCUUGCUUUACGCACCUGCUGUCAAAAGCAGGCCUUUGGCUGGUCGGGCCGGGCUUGGCAUUGAUCGUGUGGAUGCCGGCAUUGAGCGCGACGAGCUUGCAGCAUAUCAGCUAGACCUCUACUCCAAAAAGCCCACAAAGAGGUUCGACCCAAGCGCUGCGCUCUCCAACAGCAUCCUGUUGCGUCGCGCCGAUGACGAGCACGUCGUGUCAAAAGCGCUGAAAUGGAUCAGCAACAAGUCAGGCUUCGGCAGCGGCAGCAAAGGCAACACAUCACGAAACGAACACGAUGUCGAAUCGCAGUCAGGCUCCGGUCCGGAUGCAACGACCAGAUCCCUCCAGCGCCUGCACAUUUCGGAUCCCGUCAUAGUGGCGCUUCCAACUCAUCGGUACGGACCUCACGCAACCGAACAUACCCUGAGUCAAGAGGCGCGGCCCUUGAUGGGGUACGACGGCAUUCCAGUUGGCCAUCCUGUCAAGAUUCGGACUAGCGGCAUGUCGGUUGAUCAACGCUUGGAGCACUGGCGCUCCAAGUACGCCUCCGGCAGAGUGAACUUCGGAGGGAAUGUCAAUGUUGCUCGACCCCCUCCUCUAGAAAGUCAGGCUAUCCAUGCUCAACAUCCGGAAUAUCGUUGGACCAACAACUACUAUACGGAUCACAUGACGCGAGCUGAUCACGACGUUAUCUUUCGAAGACCUCAAGACUUUCACCCGAGCCAGUUGUCCCCCGAAAAGUUCAAGAGCGUUGCGGAAAAUGGGUUUCUACGAGAUGAGGUAUUCAUGAACAGGAUGGGAGAUGGCUACGCAUGGGACUGGUACAAGCACUACCACGGUGUCAGCUCUGCGCCUAGCAGUCCCAGCGCUCACACACCACUCGUUCAGCCCCAGCGACCGGCUUUGCGGCAUGAAGGGUCGAGUCUCCACGACGUGAGUGCAUGAAGCGCAACGAUCUGACGUCGAUCUGGUUGGAUCCGUCUGGAAGACCACGCUUUCUUGGGCUCCGUGUCUUCCGGUACGCCAGGCCGCCCGAAGCCGGUAUUCGAAGCGGCCUGCUGCUCUUGGUAGCUCCCAGGACGCAGUCUCAUGACGAGCGGGCUUACGUAGCGCUGAGCAACGACUUUGCCCUCUACUGUGAACAGGCCAACCAGGUAUCGCGCCGAGAUGCUGAUUCAGAAGCGUUAGUCC